AGUGAGGGCUCAGCAGGUGGCAGUCAGAAGCGCGCAGUCAGUUUCAGUAUCAUCGAAAUUGGCGCAGCAACCACAAAUUCUGCGAUCAUGACGGACCUCGCAGACGACUUCCUCUGCGACUGGGCAUGCCAGGUGCUGGAGGGAGACCAGGGCCUGCAGGGCCUGGACGACUGGAGCCCCAGCCACAGCCACAGCAGCUUUGACUGCGCCGCGAGGGAAACUGAUUCGGCUUCAGCCGACUCCUCCCCGACUGCCACCUGCAGCCCCACGCCACCCUCACCAACUACCACACAUGUAGCCAACAGUCUAGCGAUUCAGGCAGAGCAGCAAGCGACGGCUUCUCAGGCCGCUUUGACACUAAUCCAGGCGAUCGCCGCGCAACAGCAGCAGUGUUCGCAGCUCGCCGCGGUGCCCGGCCAACAGCAGGCCGCGGAGCCUUCGCCGUCGACGGGACAGUCCACGGGCUCGCUGUCUCAAGCGCUGGCGGCAAUUGCUUCUCAACAGCCCUCUCGGCCUGGAAAGCGCGGCCGGAAGCCCUUCCCGCGGCUGCCCGACCUGCAGCAGAAGCUUGACGAGCUAACACAGCAGCACCGCAACCUGACGUCGGAGAAUGCCUUCCUCAAAAACAAGCUUAAGGUGCUGGAGCGCGUGGUGCCGCUGCGCGAGGAGGCCGUUAACAAGCUCACGGCAACCAUGCAGCCGACGGUUUCGGCGCCAGCCGCUGCGGAUGCUGCACACGAUCGGCCUGUGUACGCGCCGCUGUCACCCACCCCCUCGGGCGAGAGCGGAGGCUCCUGGCCGGGCGCCGCACCGGCUGCCGAUGAGGCGCGUCAGGAGCAGGUGGCAACGUCGUCCGGCGGGCCUUGCGCCUCUACAGCCUGCUCAGUCGACGAGAGCGCCCGCAGCGGCAACCGGCACGCCGCGGCCUGCAACGGCCGCGACACUGACGUCUUCAUGGGCCUCGCCGCGUUCAGCUCCGUGUCAACUUGCGGUGCUGGCCUCGGCUUUGGGCGAGGACUGGCGCGCCAGUGCUCGCCGCGUCCUUCCUGCGGCACUGCUCCGUGCGGCGUGCAGCACCAGAAUCACGCCGCUUCCCUGCUGGCGCUGUGCCCCGGCAUUGACUGCGAGGCCGCCCCGCUCACCGCCGCCACCGUGGAGGAGCUGCGGCACGCAACCCCGGACCAGUUUCGUGGCCUGUGGCGGCAUGUCUGCAUGCAGCUGGGCGUGCUAGUGACUGGCGCCGAGGUGCACGGGCCCGGCAGCGUGCCCGCAGUGCGGUUGGAGAACUACGUACAGCGGCUUGGCUGCUUCAUGGACAAGCUGGCUCUGCUGGCGCCGUCAAGCCUGCUGGACAGCAUGUACACGAGCGUCGAGUCCGGCCUGCCCGAGCGCCCCAACGAGAGCUUCUGGCUGACGUGCGCCCGCUCGCUCCAGCUCAGCCAGCAGCAGGUGUCGGAGCUCGCCGUGCUGUCAGCGUACCACCACGAUAACGUGGCGUCGCUGGUGCAGCAGCGUGGGCAAGUCGCCGCACAGCUGGCGCUGCGAGCGACACCGCAACCGGGCGUCGCAGCAUGUGCUGGGCAGGACGAGCUGGUGCAGCAGCUGGCGCGCACGGUUGAGAAGGAGCACGCGGCCUGCCGCGACCUGUCAGACUACGUGCGCACUAGCGUGCUCACGCCGCUCCAGGUGGCGAAGCUAACAAGCGCGGCUUACCCAUUCAUCCCCGACUGGGUGGCGCUGCUGCACGCCGUGGAGCAGCACAUCAAUAGCUGUGCCGCGCCCGCCGCAAUGGCGACCGGGCAGGCAGCAGCCUCAGCAGCCGGUAUUGCGGCACUUGCCAGCCUUAUAUCCGCGGCGCGCCAGGGUGCAGCGGCUGCCGUCGCACCCGCGGCAGCGGCGCCGCGCCCAGCUGCCCCUGCGAUACAGCCGGCGGUGCAGCUGCAGGCUUUCCUGGCCGCGUUGCAGGCGCAGCAAGCGCUGGCGCGGGCGGCAGCCUAAGCACGACGGAAGAACAGCAGCAGAAGCCAUGACUAGCACUGCAUACUACAAAUCACGAUGCGAUAGAUAGGCAGGUUAUAAUGUUGUUGUGCGGCGCGUUCAUGGUAAGCUGCCAUUGAUGUGGAUUCAAUGGUAUCUUCCCUUAUAUUUUGCAGUUUGUACGAGCAAGCUGUCGUUGAUGUGGAUUCAACGGCAGCUUGUUGUUGCAUUAGUACCCAACACGCUUCCAUCGGUGUGGAUUCGAUGGCGGUGGGUUGGUUGUCUUCAUGUGUUCGAGUCCUUUACUGGCGUGAUGUGUGCUUGCGCGCCCAGGGUUGCUGUCUUGCGACCGGGUGUGCACACGCUGUACAGCGUUCGAGUGACGAGGUUGCUGAUUUAACUUUGGUGAGAGACUAUGCAUGCGAACUAAGCGAUGGAACGGUCUUGGAACUGGCCACCAUGCGAGAGCAGAUGUAGGGACUAGGGAUUAAAACAUCAAACCUGGACUAGCGACAAACAUGUACUAAGCUGUGAUUUAUACGUGAUUGGUAUAUAAACAGCGCCAGCAGCCAGCAGCGGGCAUGGCUCCAAUUGAUUUCAUUUUUUCAUUAGCUUGCUCGCGCCUUCAGCACGAAUCCAUUCAUGGAUAUGGUACGUGUUGGCGGCGCGUGGGCGGGACAGUCUGCAAUGGCAUAUCAUUGUGGAUAUGGUGUGCCACGGCGCUGCUCCCCGGUGUACAAGAGUUUGUUGGACCGGCGCUCUCGGCUCGUCAUUAUGGAUAUGACGACAGCCGGGUGCUGCGGUGUGGUAAUGAUGUGGCCCGGGCGAUGCGUUACCACUGUGGAUGUGGUGCGCAUCCGCGCUGUGGCGUGGAGGGACUUGCACGGAUGGGUGCGGGGGUGAUGCCACUGUGGAUGCGGCUCGCCUCUGUACGAUGACGUGACGUUCGGGGGAAUCAGGCCGAGGACUCGCGGUGGGCCACUAUGGUUGUGGCAUGUCCGAGUGCCGAGGCGUGGACGAGAAGCCAGGCACGGUGCACUGCCGUUGUGGAUACGGUGGUGAGCGUGUGCUGGCGGUCGGCGCGGACAAGGGAGGUGCUUCUCCUAUGGUUGGAGAGACACUGAACUAACCGGCGCUGGCCGUGCGGUGGCACAGUACGGGGCGAUGGGGGCUGUGGAUGCCUUCGGAGCCCCGUCUGAAGCUGCCCUGUUUGAAGGAUCUGUUUUUGUUGGAUGGGGUGGGGGGACCCUUUGGGUGGCACAGGGACAAGCAGCAAAGCAGCAGAACGGCAUCUGCUUGUGGCACAGCGGCAG